AUGGGGAAAGGCAAUAAAGAUGACAGGCUCAGCGCAUUGCCGGAUGACAUUCUGGUCAACAUUUUUGACCGACUCAGUGUACGCGAUGCUGCAAGAACCAUCGUCCUCUCAAGUCGGUGGGGUCAGCUCUGCGCCAAGCUCUCUCGGCUUAUAAUAAGUUCUCUAGACUUCCUGCCCAAGGACGCGUCACGCAGCAGUGCCAACAUCUCUGACGAUGAAUUGGUUCGGAUCAAUGCAGCCGUGGUUCAGGCAACAAAGAGCGUGCUGGCGCGCAGAAAUCCAGGUGAACACACCAUCGGCCUUCUGUCCAUGACGUUCCACUUGGUAGAUGAUAUCCCCAUAUCCAUCGGGCACGCCGUUGGUCAUGCCAUGGCGACGCACCUAGUCAAGAAUGCCAAAUUUUGUGUUAGGACAAGGAAGGAUGACGAUGAUGAAAUUGAUGAUGAUGAAGAACUGGUCAUCUGGGAGAGACGAUUCAUGUUGUUCUUUGAUGCUUCUCCAGUUGCAUUUGGUGGUCUCACUAGUCUCAACAUAGGGAAUUUGAGAUUUGGUGAGUCAGACAUAUCCAGCAUCCUCACCACUUGCAAGCGGCUGAAGCGUAUGCACUUGUACAAUUGUGACUCUGGUGAUCAUAGCACCCUGCAGGUUGAACACGCUAAUCUCAGUGAGCUUUGUAUCGUAUAUUGUCGUCUCGAGCAAGUUAAGCUGAACUGGCUCCCUCAGCUCACAAGCAUAGUCUUUGACGGUUGGAUAGAUUUCCAAGAUCCACUGGUUCUUGGUCAUGUUCCGUUGCUCGAGUCUGUAAGCCUCACAAAUGUUGCCCUUAGUUACAACAAGAUGGUCAAGUUAAGUAGGUUUCUUGGCAGUGCCUCUCCACGAGUUCUGAAGUUGGGGUUUAGGUCCGAAAUGAUUUGGGUGCAGCCAGAAUGUCCAACGCAAGAUCUGGCAUCUGUGUUCCGCCAACUAAGGUUUGUGAACCUUGUUAAACUUCCUGAAGGGUAUGAUCUCACCUGGACAAUGUUUAUUCUUGAAGCUGCACCCUUACUGAAGGAGCUAUACAUGACAGUCUGGGAUGAUUUGUGUUCAAUGGAAAUGGAUGAGGAGAAGAGAAAAAAGGAAUCGUAUAGUGAGAACAAGGGUGUAGAGUGGAGCGCGGCUGCAGCUGAUUUCCAACACCACAGUUUGGUCACACUCGUCAUCUUUGGCUUUGAAUCUGAAGAUUAUGCUGUUAAUUAUGUCAGACGUGUCAUGGUGGCAGCGGUCAAUCUAGAGGAUGUGUUCCUCUAUAGUAGGUUGGAGUUGGAGUGCGGCAACUGCCAGGACAAGAAGCCCACCAGGUUCGCCUGGACUAAAAGGCAGAAGAUUUCACUGAAGAAGAGAAUCACCGCGGGGAUUGAGUCGUUUGCCAUAAUCCACUCCAACAAGACGAUAAGGGCUGACCAUCAAGCAAAAAAGCUUUACCCACAGUGCUCACACUUUGACGCAACAAGUGGUUGA